GUUUUUUUUUUUUUUUUUUUUCCCUACCGGUGCUAGAAAAGCUCGCAUCGUUCCGCAGCUGUCAUUCGCACCCGCGCGCUGCACGAGCAUGGAGUUCCUUAGUUUCGACGCGAUUAACAAGAGUCUGGCGCUUAAAAAGGCGCCCGUACCCAAACCCGCCGCUGAUGAGAUCCUGGUGAGGGUCUCCUAUUCGGGAAUCUGCGGUACCGAUCUUCACAUUCUCGAGGGCUCGUUUCCGUGCAAAAAAACCGAUGCAUUGACCCUGGGUCACGAGUUCGUGGGUACAGUGGAAGCCAUCGGCACGAGCGUAAAAAAUUUCAAAGUCGGACAAAGGGUCGCCGUUGACCCGAACAACGGGUGUAACUUGUGCAACGAUUGCCACAGCGGGUGUUACCACUUGUGCCUGGCGGGCGGUGUGAACAACACCCUGGGGAUAUUCAGAAACGGCGGCUGGUCAACUCACGCAGUCGUCUCCGAGUGCCAAGCUUACCCCAUGCCCGAGGGAGUCGACAUGCCAAGGGCCGCCCUCAGCGAGCCACUUUCUUGUUUGGCCCACGGCUGGGACAAGAUCAGUCCGGUUCUGGUCGGCCAGAGGGUACUCGUCAUCGGAGCGGGUAUCAUCGGCUUGCUCUGGGCCUGCCUUUUGCACUUGCACGGGCUCAGGAGGACUGUGACGAUAUCCGAGCCUCAGCAAAGGAGAAGAGAAAUGGCCAAGAGUUUGGGUUUGGGGUACGAGGUGUGCAGCCCAGAGGAGUUGAAGGGAAAGGAGUUCGACUUGGUGGUGGACUGCAGUGGCUUCGGGCCUGCGAUUGAGUCCGCCAUAGGAUUGCUAGCUCGGGGUGGAAAGUUCUGCUUCUUUGGCGUUGCCGAUCCAAAAACCAAAGUUGCCAUUGAACCUUACCAGAUGUACAAAAAAGAGCUGACGUUCCACGGCGCCAACAUCAAUCCGUUCUCGUUUCCAAAUGGAAUGGCCCUGCUGCGGGCCAUGUCCGAUUCGUACUUGAAUUUCGAUAAUCUCGGCAUCAAAGUUUACGGACUUUCCGAGUACAAGGAGGCGUUGGACGGUUUGAAGAGGGGCAGUAUAAGCAAGGCCGUUUUCAAAUUGUAAAAACUACCGUUUUAUUACAUGUUUUUCAAAAUAUAUAUUUUAUACGUGUAUAA